AAAGAACUAGCUUUUUUUGGCCAAACAUUAUCUUCAAAUAAUUUGCAAGAACAAGUAACAACAGCAACUUUUUUAGUUGAUACUAUAGAGGAUCCUGAAGAAGAAGAGACCAAAUGUAACUUGAAAAUUAUUGAACGCUUUGAUAUUGAAAAUGUAAUAUGUUUAAAUGUUGAGAUAUUUCAAGAUAAUGAAUCUGAUAUUGAAAAUGAGGAAUAUCAAGAUUAUAAUAGUAAUGCAAUGGAGUAUGUAGAUGAAGAUAUUAGUGAGAAUUCAAAUAUAGAUAUUAGUGAGAAUUCAAAUAUAAAUAUUAGCGAGAAUUCAAAUAUAGAGAAUGAAUUUUUACCUAUAGCACUUAGAAAAAUAUGUU